CACCAUCACCAAGCGUUACGUAACCGAACCAACCCAACCCAACCCAACCCAACCCAAUUCACAACCUCGCCCCCUUCUGCUAGGGUUUCCAAUUUUUCAUUCAACCUUCAAAUCUUAAAUAUCUCUCUCCUCUUCUCUCUUCUUUCAUCAACACCUGUCUUUCUCUCUCUGCUGCGCGCAGAACCUGUAUUCGAAGAAAAACUCGUUAGGUUUUUUUCUUUUUGAUUUUUCCAGAUUCGAUUAGGAUUUUCUGAAAACCGAUUCCACCGAUCUGGUUUCAAAUCUGUGUGUUUGUUAAUUGCUGGAUAAUCUGAGAUUUAAAAUGAAGCGGUCAAGAAAAUCGAACAGGGUUUCAUGGGCGCCUCGAUCUAAUCUGUGUCAGGUAAAAUUGUUCUUAUCUGAGGAUUGUCCUUCAAAAGUUGGCAAGAAAUCCCAAGAUCAUCUUCAAGCAAAGACAUCUCCAAUGUUGCCUUCAAGUACUAAUGAAUGUGAUGAUGAUUUACCACCUGGCUUCGAAGCCAAUCACUUCCUAAGGCAAUCAAACACUGAACUCUCUAACAUUCCUCAGAUAAAAUGGAAAUGCCCUCCUCUGUUUGCUUUGAGCAGUCAUUGGCUUGUUGCUGCUGGUGAAGAAAGUAAGGAGAAAGAUUCUCAGAAGCUAAGAGACAUGAGAGUGCUUGAAGCAGUUUAUCCUCGUCUUUCUGCAAUUCCUCCUAGCCCUUAUGUUCCUUUUGAGGUAGAGAAGGAAGAUUAUGAUGACAACCUCACUCCUCUUAUCCCUAUGAUUCCUAUUGAGGAAGAAGAAUCUAUGGAAUACAUUACACCUGAUGUUGCAGUCCCAAUGCUUGCUGAGACUCACACCAAUUUGCAGUCACAAAACAUGCCACAGCACUUACAAGCAGUAACAUCUCCCAUAAAUUCACAGUGCAAAUCUUCCUCUACUACUGAUCCUUCAUCUAUCAGUGGAAAGCCUUCAGCUGGGGUAUCUCCUUGUUCUGAGGCAGUUUUCGCCGCAGCUUCUGUUGUCGCGGCAGCCAUCAUGAAAAGCAAUGAACAAGGGAACUUGCUUGAUAUGGAUCUUCUCCUUAAAAUUUUUAAUGACCCAACAAUGAUUGGGAAAUUAAUUAACCAACAUAGUACUGCGGCUUCCACUGUUAAUGCCUCAAAUUCUUUGGGUAUACCCACUUCUGCAUUGAAACCUGUUGCUUCACCAGCUCCAUUACCUGCUUCUGGGCCAAAGCAAACCACUUCAUCAGAGCCGUUGUGGAGAACCACCUUUGAAAAGCCAACAAUUCAAUCUGUUCCAAUGUUGACACCUACUUUCGAUAAGCCAGCAACUCCACCUGUUCCUUUGUUUAGGCCUCUAUCUGGUUUAUCAGCAGCAACUCCUACACCCAUGCCUCAUAUGCUGCAAAGACAUACCAACCAAAAUAUUCCCCAUAUGUCAAAUGGAGCAGCAUCAUUGCUUUCUGCUUUCUCCAGUGAAUUGAGCACAUUACCAUUGCCUUCUGCUUCUGUGAACUUGCAUGCAGCUACAACAAACCAGGUGCAAUCCACUUCUGGUACUGUGAAGAAUGCCAACUAUUAUAAGAACCUUAUUAGGCAGCAUGGUGCAGAUAAGCAAGAUAUCCCGGACUCACAAAUAGGGAACCGUUAUAAUAAUCUUCAAGACUUGAAAUCGGUACAUAACAUUAAACCAGGGGAAGUGAUGUUCAAAACUCAGAAACCAGCUUGCAUAUACUUUAAUAGCUCAAGAGGGUGCAGGAAUGGUUCAAGUUGCCCUUAUCAGCAUGAUAUGUCAGCUCAGUUGGGUGCUGGUGAUGUCCUAAUGAGCCAAAGUGCAAAAAGAGUGAAACUUGGACCAGAAAUUAAGAGGUGGAUAUAAUCUUAAAUGGUGAAUAUAAAAUCUUAAAAGGCACAUUCUAAUGGUGAAAAUUAUAACCCCUUGAACAGGGAAUUUUGAAGAUUAUAACCCCUUGUUCAGAAUGAAAGGUAGCUUAGAGUAAAAAAACAAAAUAUGUUCAUGUUUAGUAAGUUCAUUUAAAGCUAUUUUCGAAGUAGCUUAAUCGAAAUGAGAAUUUGAAAUUUUGAAUCAA